CGCAUGCGCAGCGCGAGCGCGGCAGGCAUGGGUCGCAGGAGGCCGGCUGGUCGUGGGGAGCUGCGGCGGGUCGUGGUUUUCGAUGAGGAGCAGCGCCGAGAGUACCUGACUGGAUUCCACAAGCGGAAAGUGGAGCGAAGGAAAGCAGCUGUGGAGGAGAUCAAGCGUAAACUGAAAGAAGAGCAAAGGAAGAUGAAAGAGGAGCGGCACAAGGAGUACCUGAAAAUGCUGACAGAGAGAGAAGAGGCUCUUGAUGAGGCUGAUGAGCUGGAGCAUUUGGUGACAUCCCAGACGGAGUCUGUGAAUAUUGAUCACCCAAACCACACGGUAACAGUAACCACCAUCAGUGACCUGGACCUCUCGGGAGCACGCCAACUAGGACUGACCACUCAUGAGGAAAAUGCUGACUCUAGGGAAGAGGAGACAACAAGCAGGCCCACAAAAGCAUUGCUCAAGAAGUCUGGUGAUCCUUUGUUGUCCCAGAGGAUCUCUUCUCUCACUGCCUCGCUGCAUACACGCAACCAGAAAAAGGCUAAGGGGAAGCGGCUGAGACAUGGCCAAGACUCGCACAAGAAAACCCAGAAACCUAGCACUGGACGGACCAGCAAGUCCCAGCGCCGGAAAUUGACUGGCAGACUGGGACAUAACCAAGACUGAAGGACAAACUGAAGUGGAAAUGAUCUGUCAGGAUAGGUUCUGCAUUUGGAGUUGGCCUCUAGCCUGAUGUGAAAGCUCAAUUUGUUGUGGAUGAGGACUUUUCUUGAUGGGAUUCUUGGUCAACAAGCAAUGCAAUGGAAACCCCUCUUGUGGCCUUUUGGUCUGGAAAAUGUACAUGUGCAGGCUCUGAACGCAGGCCCAUGAGGUGAAUAUUAUUCACCAUUAUUUCCAUUAUUGUGGAAAGUAAUUACCACAAUGAACUGUUUUAUGUGCCAGGCAGUGUGUUAUCUCCUAUGCCUGUCAGCAGGUUGUGGAUUAAUUUGGACUCUGUCCUUUGUGCAUCAGUCCAUCUGUUCCCUAGACUUCCCUUUCCCAAGGAAAGAGUGGGAAAUCUGGUUCUUUGCCUUACAAAAUGGGAGAUAGAUACAGGACAAACCACAUUAGGAUGGUUUGUAGCACAAGAGAGGGCUUUACUUCCACCCACAUUUACAUUACCUGCUGUAUAAGUCCUCCUCUCUCAAAAAGACAGUGUGCCAACUUCAGCAUCUUGUGUGUUCCUUGUGCAGAGUUACAUCUGAGUGCAAGGACACAUCCCCUUCUGCAAAUAACCAGAUUUUUUGAUAACUUCUCUGGGUGCAUAUCUUUAUAAACAGCCAUUUGUAAGAAAGCAAACGUGUGUGACUUACUAGAUGUGGAAGGGCAACCUAGUUGGGGAGAGGUGAGGUGUUUGGAAGGUCUUGGAAUCUCCAGCUCAUUACUCCAAGAGAGGGAACAUAUGGGAGAUGCUUCAGUGGUGAAAUAACAAUGAGUCACUUGCUGCUGUCAGUGACACAACGUGGUAACAGCCCUGGGGAGAGUAUUGAACUCCCUAAUGUGCUUUCCCCAGUUGUGCAAUUCUGCCCAUGUUGGGAGGAGGGGGCAGAGACCUCCCUUAUUGCAGUGGUCAGCAUUUGCCCCCUCACGUGGACUUUGCAUAAUGCUCCAUUUGUAAAUGCAUAGCCCAGUACCUGCACUUCACCCAGACUCAGAGUAAACAUUGCCCAGGAACUGCCUGUUCUGUUUUUCACACUUCAUUAAGGCUUGUUACUUUGUUUCCCAAAGUCCUUGGGUCAAGGUUGCCUUGAAAUAAUCCUCUCCUAGCAGUUUGCACCAAUUAUGCUGUUAAAAGAGCACCAGUUAAGUUACAAAGUAGACAUCCUGUGCUCUGAAAUGGUUUACACACUUUAGCUGAUAGCUAGUGUUUGUUUAUAAUAAGCAAUGGGUAGAAAAUCAGGACUGAUGUAAUGUUCAGCAGUUAAGCACAUGUAUCCACUUAUCUAAUAGGCAUAUCAGUGGAGUUCAUUUUAUGUUGCAGCAUUUAGUUGGGGAGGAACUCUUUAGUGUUUCUGUAGCUUAGCUCUAACAUUUUGCAGGAGUUAGGGGAAUGCUAAUGGUGAAACCUAGAGAGAAUCCUAAGAGGUUAAAAGGAGAGGAAGCUUCUGCCUAACUGCAAGUGAUAAAAUGUCUGUCCUGAUGUGUACUUUACCCAGCCCUGUGGUACCACAGUGCUAACUCUGAGGCCUCUGGAGAGGUAAAUAAUGAUACUCCUUAAAAUGAGUUAUGUACAGAGACUUGAGCACCCCAGAUGUUCCCUAAUUCCCUUCACACCUAACCUCAGCCUU